AAAUAUUACAGGUUACACUUCCGGCCAGAAUUCACAUUUUCACGUUUUUUUGUUUUUAUCAAUAUUGCAGGAGUUGCUUCAUCUCUAUUUGGGUGAUAAGAUGACACGUUGGGCCAGGGCUGAGGGGGUGAACAAGAAGAAGCCCUUAGAAAGCACAGAAUGGUUAGUCAUGUUUAAGUCAACCUCCCAAGAACAGAAGUCUCCAACAGAUGAUACAAUAUCACAACAAACCCCAGCCAAAUCUAAAAAGAAACGGAAGGCUGAGAAACAACAUAAUAAAGAUAGUGACAUGUCCGACCAAAGUACAGGUGUAUAUAAAGUAGACAUAGGAGAAUCAUUGGUUAAGAAAACCAAGCAAUCAAAAGUUAAGACCCUAACUGAUGAACAAUACUUUGCUAAAUUCACUAAUCAUCGUGAACAGAAGAAGAAAAUGCGGACAAUUGACCUGAAUGACAAGCGUAGAGAAGAAAGGAGGAUGAAAAGAAAGGAAGAACGAGAAGGAAAAAAGGUGUGCUUUAACUGUCGGAAGCUGGGUCACAAUCUUGCAGACUGUCCAGAUAUAAAGGGGGAUUCAGAACAGGGCACUGGUAUCUGCUUCAAAUGUGGCUCCACAGAACAUACAUCUAGCCAGUGUAAUGUGAGGCUCAAGAAAGGAGAGUAUCCAUUUGCUAAAUGUUUUGUGUGUGGAAAGAUGGGCCAUUUGUCCAAGAAGUGUCCAGAUAACCCAAAGGGACUCUACCCCAACGGUGGGUGUUGCAAGGGAUGUGGAUCAAUACACCACUUUAAAGCAGAGUGCCCAGUGCUACUGAAGAAAGAAGGAAUAAUUGAAACUACAGUUGAGAAGAUGGCAGUUUUCACAAGCCCGGACAUUGAACCUUCACUUACAAUAACCAGCAAACAAAAGAAGAAAUCUGGACCCAAACUAGUGAAAUUUUGAAAAAAAAAUUAUGAAUUAAUAUUGUAUGUGAUGAAUAUGGACUGAGCAAAAAAUGCAUUUUCUGUUUGAAUUUAUUUGUAGAAUUCAGCAUUCCUAAUAAAGUUACUUUAAGAGAGAUUGAAUAUUGUUAGGUAUCUACAAAAUUAGCUUUUAUCUUCUGUUAAUUAGCUUUUCUUUCAUCAUUUAUCUUAAUCCCAGGGCCCACCAAUUAUAUUUUCAAACAGUACUAUUAUGUUUGAAUGUUUUGAUUGGCUACUAGUUGUUAUCCUUGAUUACAUGGAACAUCUGACAAAGAUAGGUGGC